AUACUCUAACUUCAACAUAGUUAGUUCAUUUCACUGUAUUUUUUCCAGCGUCUUUAACCAUGAUUUCCAUCCCUUCUGCAGGUGGAUAUGAUAAGCUCGAAUACAAGGAGCUUUCAGAAGGUGAAUUUACCGAAGGUGCUAACAUCAAAACGAGCGAAGACUUCACAGAAGACGAUCUCGUUGUUGUGAAGACUUAUGCAAGCGGUGUGAACUACGCCGAUGUUUGCAUUCGCUGGGGCGUAUAUGAGUCAGCUAAGAAAUUUGUUGGAUGGCCGAUUACUCCUGGAUUUGAGUUCAGCGGAGAAGUCGAAAGCAAAGGCAAAAAUGUGACGAAGUUUGAAAUUGGUCAAAAAGUAUUCGGAGUGUCGCAAUUUGGAGCCUACUCCAAGCGGGUCAGAGUACCUGAGCAUCAGAUAUUUCCACUGCCGGAAAAUCUCGACAUGAACGAAGCAGCUGGCUUCAUUACCGUGGCUUUGACAGCCUGGUAUGGGUUAUUUGAACUUUCAAGACCCAGGGGUGGAAGCUGGUUACUCGUUCACUCUGCCGCUGGAGGGGUGGGUAGUAUGCUGGUUCAACUUGCAAAGAUCCAUGGUUGUCACGUGGUGGGCGUAGUUGGGGGAAGUCAUAAAGUGAACAUGGCCAAAGAAUUAGGUUGUGAUCAUGUGAUAGACAAAUCUAAAGAAAACAUUUGGGAAGCAUCCAAGGUCUAUGUUCCCAAAGGGUUCCAAGUUGUCUUUGAUGCCAAUGGAGUGGAGACUUUACAGGAGAGCUAUAAUCACUUGGCACCUGGUGGAAAAUUAGUUGUUUAUGGUUUUCAUACAAUGCUUCCCAGAUCCAGUGAUACUAGUUCUGGGAAUAUCAGUUUAUGGCAGUGGAUAAAAAUAGCAGUCAGCCUCUGGUACACUCCUAAAUUCGAUCCUGUGCAGAUGACUGAUGAAAAUAAAAGUAUCAUGGCAUUCAAUCUGAGCUUUCUCUUUGAUCGACGAGAUAUUUUGGAAGAGAGCAUGACGCAACUUCUAUACUGGGUAAAACAAGGCACCCUUAAAGUCAGCAAAGUGACUCCAUAUCCUCUGAAACAAGUGGCCAAAGCACAUAGUGAUUUGGAGUCAGGGAAAACUAUGGGCAAGCUUGUACUCACCAUGGAUGAAUGACAAGAAAAACAGAACUGCAUGAGAAGCUCCUGACAGUAUUAACUCUUGUCAAAAUAAAAAUUGUAAGCAAUUGUAAGGGAACACAAUUUUCACAGUAAGAUGGAACAGAUGAUCCAUGGCUAACUUAUUUGUCAGUCAAGAUGACUGAAUAAAAUUGUGACA